AUGUCCGCCUUCUGUGCUCUGGCUGCAUUCGUCCUGGCUUUGAGUCUGUGUGGAGCCGACGUUGGGGACUUCGCUCCUUGCCUGCAGUUCUUCUACAGGUCAUGGCCUCCCAAAGGUCUGGCAGGGACCCCGAUCUGCCAGCGCUACGCCAACCAGCACCACUUCGCCACGCUGUACAGCCGGCCUCGCCGCUCGCCGUGGUUCUCAGCUUAUCUAUACACAGCACCUGCCGGGAAAAGGCCGGCAGCGUCCUGGAAGUACGAGCCUCAGCUGGCCGACCCCCGAGCUGCCGGCGACAUGAUCCCCUUCCCUCCGGGCCCCGUGGACCAGAACGUGGUGCAGAGCCAGGCCGUGGAGCCGGACUACAUCAACUCCACCUACACCCGCGGCCACCUGAACCCCAGCCUCCACCACCGGAGCCACGACGCCCGCACCGCCACCUUCACGCUCACCAACGUGGUCCCUCAGAAGGUGGGCUCCAACGACGGGCCCUGGGAGGUUCUGGAGCAGGCGGUCCACAAAACGCUGGGGGCCUUCUGUCUGGGAGACGCCUACGUAGUGACGGGCGUCAUCCCCUACCGCGGCGGGCAGCGCUGGCUCAAGGAGCACCGGGUGGCGGUGCCCGAGUACCUGUGGUCAGCCUACUGCUGCCCCCACUACAACCACAGCCUCCCACAGGAGCUGAGCGGCACCUUCCCCACCUACGGCGCCGUGGGCCGCAACGACCCCAGCAGCGGCGAGGAGAUCGUCCCGGUCAGCCAGGCGGCGAAGAGGCAGUUCAGAGGGUACGACGUGCGGAGGAUGCCCCUGCACACGCUGGAGAUGUACCUGAGGGACCGGGUCAGCGCCGAGCUCAGCCUGUUCUAUGAGCAGUGCCUCGGAUCACGCUGACCCGGGCCACGACAGAGGGCUCUGACCACUGGAGGCGCCUCGCAGCGCUAUGAUGACUACGAAGCAGCAAACGAGGGUCAGUUUGUGAAAGAAGGUAAACACAGUGAUCUGUAAAUAAGAUGAAAUAUAUGCAACAAAAAGUAGAAACAAUAAUAAAAUUCACAGAAAACA